CAGAGGUUACAAAUUACCAACCAUGCUUUGCGCGAGAAAAGUCUAGAAAAUCAAAAUGGCCGCCGAAGUGUUUGGUCAGGCGAAUGAAGCGUUCGUCGAUGAGAACUAUGAGAAAGCAGUGGAGUUAUACACCAAGGCUAUUGAGCUAGAUGGAGAGAAGUCAGAAUACUUCACCAAACGGGCUCAGACGUAUAUCAAGUUGGAACAGUACAUGGAUGCUGUGACAGAUGCUACAAAAGCAGUGGAGUUAGAGCCCAGCAGCUCGAAGGCUCAUCUCAGAAAAGGGGUUGCCAGUUUCUAUCUGGAUGAAUUUGAGUCAGCAAGAGAAUCCUUUGUGAAAGGACAAGAGUUAGAUAGUUCUGAACCUCUCUUUGUAAGAUGGAUCAGGAAAUGUGAUGCGAACUUGAACUUGGAAGAGAAGGAAGAGUCUGGUACAGUGGCUGAAGAUGGCAAGCCCUUGGUUGGAGCAGCAGGAGACAGUAGCCCCGCCCCUCAGCCUGUCAAUCAACCCCAGCCACAAGCAGCAGCCCCUCCCCCUGUCUCAAAGAGACAUGACUGGUACCAGACAGAGACCCAUGUCAUCGUCACAGUCAUGAUCAAAGGGCUGAAGAAGGAAGAUGUCCAAGUAGACUAUGACACUACCACGCUGAGUGCAGUGUUUAAACAGCCCAGUGGGGCAGACUAUGUGUUAGACCUUGAUCUGGCCCACCCCAUCGUGAAGGAACAGUGCAUCACCAAGGUCCUGAGCACCAAGGUGGAGAUGAAGAUGAAGAAGUCUGAAGGCAUCAGGUGGCAGUGUCUGGAGGGGGACGGGAGGCCGUAUCAGUACGCACAGUGGACGUCUGGUAACGAGGGAGCCAGCGGUGUCACACAGUACCCGUCCUCCAGCCACUUCAAGAGAGACUGGAACAAGAUCGUAGCAGAUGUGAAUAAGGAGGAGAAGGAGGAGAAGACUGAGGGAGAUGCGGCACUGAACCAGUUCUUCCAACAAAUCUACUCUGACGGGAAUGAGGAAGUCAGGAAAGCAAUGAACAAGUCGUUUGUGGAGUCAGGUGGAACAGUCCUCAGCACCAACUGGAAGGACAUCGGCAAGGAGAAGGUGGACAUGAAACCACCAGACGGGAUGGAGUUCAAGAAAUGGGAGAUAUGAGACCCCCCUCCCUACCUGUCAUGUCUGUUAUUAUCACCAACACGACUCUGCUUCAUAUGAUUGUUCCAAUCCACUAACAAUGAUUCCUUUUGCCUAUCCAUAGUGAGCUAUUUUAGCUGCUAAGUUGUUCUAAUCUCCAAGCAGAUCUUUCGAUUGUUGCAAAGACAGUUUUAAAUUGGCCAGUCAGUAUAUAUUUACAAGGCAGUUACCGUUUGGCACCCAAUAAUGGGCUGGCACAAAAAAAGACAUGAGGACAAAAAAAAAGAAAGCCCAAUAAAAAUGCCUAAAAAAGCAAGUAAAAGAUAAGCAGAAGCCUAACCUCUGCUUGGAGAGUACAGUUGUUCUUCAUCCUGAAUGCCAGCGUGUGCAAAGCAGACCUAAUGUUAUCUACAUCCUACUGGAAUAUUUGCUUUUCAAAUUGGUACCCUAUCUACUUGAUCAGUUUUUCUACAUAAGGGAUAUAGGAGAGACAUCAAACAAGCCUUGCAGAGUGAAUGAUGGCCUUCACAGAUUGAAGGAGUGCCAUUUUGUAAUAGUGUGCUCUAGCACUGUAUUAUAUACCAUAAUCCUUACAAUUGUUCCUGAAUGUUGGUAAAUGACAGCACAAAUUCCAAUGGUAGAGUCAUGGAAGUUAGCGUAUAGCAAAUAAUAAAUUGGAAGAAAUUGGAGAGUCUCCUUCUCCUACAUUGUCUGAAGGAAAGAAAUUCUAUGGUAUCAAGUCUUGAAAAUAUUUCCAGGUGCCAUUUUUGUCCAUGUGAGCAGGUGUUUUGUUUGCAUAAAUAUUAUUUAGAGUACAACCUUUAAAGGGAAAGCAUAAUCACUUGCUGUCCUAUCCUGUUGUCAUGUAGUCAUAUCUUUAUGGACUUCAGAAUGAUAGAUUUUGUUAUCUAUGCCCUUGCCUGGUUGACUGUUUCCUUUGUACAUACAAUGUAUCUCAGCUUAUUGAAAGAAUACAGAAUACACUUGAUGCCUUC